CAUUUCCCCAAACGGAUCAAAAUGUUCGUGAAGCGAUACGGAAUACAGCUAAAAAUGAAGCUUAUUAAAUUUACAAAAUGUUAGAUUUUCUGAAGGACCACCCCGUCCUCACCGGACUAGCAGUCUGUGCAGCAGGAGCCGCAGUCUUCUGCUAUUGCACAUCGAGUGUCGAGAGUUAUGGUCAAGGAGAAGAGACCAAAGAAGAAGUAACCGUCGCGGUACAAGAUGCCGUCGAAGAUGACUCCGCAGUGCUUUUACAAGGAGCAGAGAAGUCUUCACAAUGCCAGGCUUUACUGAUUUACCAAGCCCGUUGCUGGGAGCAUUUACUCCCCAACUACAAGCAACUACACCCGGAACUCCACCCCCGGAUCCUGAUUAAGAUCUUCACCAAGCCACGAAUGUGGAUGCCAAUUGUACUCAUUCCAUCGGCCGUUAAGAGAACUGCAAUCGUUGACUGCAAGCAUUCCUUCUUGGAAGGGGAUAUCUUGUACCUCAUGUCGGCCAUAACCUUCGCGGUUCUCAUGUGUUUCAUCGUCAACUUUGUCGUGAGAAUGCAUAUUGAGCAGAAGGUCAAGUCCCUUCAGGUGAGCGUUCAUCACAUCCAGCAGAGAGCUAUAGCGGCGACAGACCGCCAAGACAGGAAGGAAGACAUCCAGCCAGCUUUACCAGCGAACAUGAGUUUCAUUGCAUCCUCUUCAGGAUUCGUGGAGGUCCAUCUUUCUGCUAUUCUCGGAUCACUGAGCACUCAAAGUCUUGAGAGUCUUGCCUCUUCUGCGUCACGCCAGGGACGUCAAGUCACACUUCACCCAUUCAUCACCGACUCUCUGGCUACGCUGACGAGACCUAUCAGUGUAGUGCUAUCGCCCGCCUCACAGCUUCCCAUCGCUCUCCCUUCAUUGGUGAACAUGAAGAAUGGUAAAUAUACGGUUGAACGGCGAUCUAUCAAGGUUCACCUGGUUGACUACAGCGCAAACGUGCCAGGUCACGUGUCAGCGCUUCCAAUGUCUGUCAGCCACUUGCCACAUGAUGACGACCAGUGCGUGAUGACCGAGAAGUCUGAGAGCAUCGAAGCUAACAUAAUCAGGGUCACCACCUUACAACUAGAUCUUGAGGAAAUCAAAAAGGAUUUACCAAAAAUUCUUGUGAAGUCUGUAUUUGGUUGGGUGACCGAGGUAUGCCCUGACGAAGAAACCGAGCGAGACCAAGCUCGCAUCACUCAGACUGAAUUGAUUAAGCCGUCCGCGCCAGUGAAGCAGGUAGCGGUUUCAUCAUCCCCAUCAGUUCUCAGGCAGCUCAACUUUACUGAGAUCCUCGGUUCUCUGAACACUCAAAACCUCGAGAGUCUUGCUUCUUGUGCUUCAUGCCAGGGUCGUCAAGCAAAACUACGUCCACCACUCGUCGACUCUCUUGUCUCGCUAAUGAGACCUCUACGUGUAGAGCUGGAGCGGAUGGAGCCUGGGACAACGUCAGUUAAACGGCAACUGCUUCCUGCAUUCGUUAUCAAAAGUGAUGGCAAAUAUUUGGUUCUUCGGCGCCGCGUUAACGUCUAUUUGAUUGAUUACUGCGCAACAGAGCCAAAGGAAGUGGUAGUUCUUCUGUCUUCUGUCUGCAAGCUGUCACAUGAUAGUCAUCAGUGCUUAGUGGGAGAGACGUUACCCGAAGGUAACACAGAAGGUGAUGCCAUUCUGGCAACAGACCUUGCGGAAAUCGAGUCUGAGUUUAGUCACCUGGGAGAGAAUGGUCAUGGUGAGAACACCAAGCCAGAGCAACGUGAAAACUGUGUAGAAAACACCAGUGGCGAAUACGUUGCCUCGACAAAUGAGCUCCAGAACAAAUACCCUUUUGGUAAUAUGGAAUCCCUGAACAGCAUAUAUCAGACAACAUCGAUGAAAGCUGAACAAUCAGACCCAACUCAUCAGAUUGGCACUGACGAGGGGAGGCUGGUAUAUGAAGAUGUAUCCAAGAAGACAACUGUCGAAGAGGAAGUCAGUGGAUUGAGUCUCCAAUGUGCUCCACAGAUAACAGAGGUACUAGAGAAGGAAGAAUAUCUAUUUACCGGUUAUCUACCAAACACAACUCUAGCAUCGUCAAGUGCCAAAGGCCCACAGCUGGAGAUUGCAGGCGAAGAAGAUGGAGUAUCAACGAAUAACCUAGCAGCUGAUACUGGAGUUUUGCAACUUCCAAAUGAAGGCAUGGAUGCGGAGCUCACUUCUGGCCACACACAUCCAAUGACUACUAAUGGUGUGGAUACUAGCAAAGGAGACCAAAAACUCCUUCAUAAAUGCACUCAUGAACAGAAGAAGAAGGCAAAGCGCAAAAACCAAAGACCGAAAUCAUCUCGACGCAGAUCACAGAAAGAUCAAAAUGACUGUCCAAAAAAAGAGAACGAGCCAGAACUAUGGGUAGAAGGAAGGAAGUCCAUCGUUCACAACGUCAAGGCCGAAGCGACACUCGAAGACGAAGACGGCAUACAUCCUAAGCAUAACACUUCUGUGACAGAGCCACCAGACGAAGGGCGUGAUGAUAUCAGCUCUCGGACGCGAGGAGUUACUAGUCAUAAGACAUCGACAGCUUCUGAAGCUGGUACAGUUAUUGUGAAUGUAGAAGGAGAACAGAAGGAGAACAACAAGCUAAACACGCAGACAAAGCAGAACAAGACGAAAAUUACCUCAAACAAGAUUGAUGCAGUGGCUGACCGAUUGUCGGUGCAAUCAGCUAAGUUAAAUGUCUGGGAAAGCGAGAAAGCAAAGAAAAAGGAAAGCUUCUCCGUCAAGAAACAAGUUGAUCUUAAGAGAGAUGAAGCUGCAUCACAUCAAAUGAUGAAGAAGCCUUGUGUAAAGUCACGUGAUGACACGCAUGUGACGAAACACAACGAUGACGUGCUGAUCAUCAGUAGACAUAAAAAUACAGCACCACCGCCAUCAGGAAUAAAUGCAAGUGGUUGGAGUAUAAACGAGGCAACAAAAAGUAAAAGAUCCAAAAAAGUAAAACACCGAAGCAAUAACGCAAAUGAUUUACCAAGAAAGGGCCACGCCUGUGAAGUAAUGGGGAGGUCCAACACAUCAUCGAACAGAAGAAUGGGUUCAUACUCAACAGCAGCCCAAAAGGGAUAUGGGACGAAUGACUACGAACAAGAACACGCAAAGUCAACUAACAGCAUUGCAUUACGGGACGAAGGAAUGAAUAGUUACUCGCGGCUACUUGUCAAGGCAAACAUGCACCAAGGGGACGGAAGACUCCUCAUCCCAGGGGUGCAGUGCUGUUCCAUUGCUCUCUGCGCCAUUCUCAGGGCGACCGGUAAAAGCCCGUUAAUGUGGACUCCUGAAGACAUAGAUGACAUAAUAAUCACCGGAGAUAGGAGACACAGGGAGACCCAACAAAGAAUGGGUCUCCCUAAAAGCGCCUAUCUCCAUAUUGAUGAGAUGGAAGAAGAGAUAAAACUGCGUGGUCGGCACUUCAGGGUCAAGAAAAGCGAUGUCUUAUGUGGUAACGUCAUGAACGAUGGCAGAGACAAGAACAACCCGCUACCGGGCAUUGAGAGUAGCAUCGAAUCUUUAAACGAGUAUAAUAUGUUUAUUGUAAGGUACUUGUUAUACACAAUCGCCAUAUUUAAGACAUCGCAAACCUGGUUGUUGUUUGACUCGCACAAUCGCGACCAGAAUGGAUUUAGACAUCCUGACGGGAAGGCUGUUGUUCUGGAGUUCAAGACCCUUCGGAGUGUUGCCUGUUACAUUAGGCAGUUUGUGAGCUGUAACGGUUUAGGCCACGUGACGGGACCACGCCCGCUAGAUGAUCGGCAGUUGAGUUACGAACUGGCAGGCGUGAGAGUAGCUGUACUGAGCUGAACCAAAGAUCUAUAAAUUUACUUUAAGGACUGUGAUUAUUGAAGAGGAUGUACAUAUCUAAUUAAAUACGAUUAUGUUUUA